AUGACGUUUGCUGAAUUGUAUCGACAAGGUAUAACAAGUAUGGAAUUACUUAAAUGGUCAGUACCAGUUGACAUGAUCGAACGAUAUGAAAAAAUUGGUCAAAAUUCGACUGAAAUAUUUUACAAUUGUUCGUUACCAUGGUUUGGUUCAACAUGCCAGUACAGAUAUGAGUCUGCUGUUGUAUUACCUUCAUUUAAUAAAAUUCUUCAAUUCCAUAAUGAUAUUAGUAGUAUACCUGAUGUAUACGUCUAUUCGAAUACAUGUUAUCCAUUUUUACCUGACUGUUACCGUGGUCCAUCACCGAUGUGUCUUGAUUGGCAUGAAAUUUGUGACGGAUAUUUUGAUUGUCUCAAUGGAGAAGAUGAGCAAUUAUGCGACAUAUUAGAAGUAAAUGAAUGUUUUGAAGAUGAAUUUCGUUGUCACUUUGGUAGCCAGUGUAUUUCGUCCGCAUUUGUUCGUGAUGGAAAUGCAAGUACUGAUUGUCUUGAUGGUUCAGACGAAGUCUAUCGAGUAAAGUACUCCAGAUACGAAACUGACUAUCUAUGUACACGUGUAUCAACAUUUCAAUGUGAAGAACUCCGUGAUCGGCGUUCACUUGUGUUAUUUCCAUGUCCUAUGUUUAUUAGUGCCUCCCUUUCGACAGAAACUACGGCAAGCACUACUGGCCUUUGCGCUAAUAAUCGAUAUUAUUAUAU